GUUUUGGACCAGUCGUUAAGUUCCUAAGGAUAGGGAGCAAACUUCAGUGGCAUAUGAUGAUAUUAACACUGUUUAUCAACACAUGUACGUAAUAAGGUGGCUAGAAGUUCCUGACCUGUGUUUUCCAGUAUUUUAUCAGGGUGGCUGAAUGAUGUCUGAACAGGACCUGGUGGAAAUGUUGCAGAUUGCAGUUGAAGACUUGAGUCAAGAUCAUCCUGUGGCCCUUGAAAACCAUGAUGAAACUGAUGACGCAGAUAAACCUGAAAGAAAACGUCAGCGAUUAGAAAUCAGCUGCCUGGACACUCUGAUCAAGUCUCUGUUAUAUUCGAUCAACCAGACUGUCUGUCUGCGUCUGGACAAUAUCGAGACCAAGCUUCAAACUGUAGAAGCAACAUGUAAAUCUCUGGAGGAAAAGUUGGACAUACUACUGAACAAAAACCACGGACCAAUUCAGGUGCCUAUGGUGGCUGGAUCUCCCCUAGGAGCAACUCAGACCUGGAAUAAAGUCAGAUGUGUGGUGCCACAGACUAACGUGAUUGUGAGUAACGAUCGACCGAAGAUGACUGGGCAGGAGGAUUUAAUACCUAGAGCAGCAGACUCCCUGGAAAAUCUUCUUAGCAAUACUGUUCCUGGACGUAGACAAAACACCAUCCUGGUUAAAGUUCCAGGACCAGAAGACAGCCAUAAUGAGGAUGUUGAGAGCGGGUCCGAAACAAGUGACUCCGUAUCUAACAGUGGCCAAACCUCAGGGCAGUCAGUUGGAAACAAUGUUACCCUUAUCACGCUCAAUUCUGAAGAGGAUUUUCCCAAUGGCACUUGGCUUGGUGAUGAAAAUAAUCCUGAAAUGCGAGUUCGAUGUCCUAUUUCUGAAUCAGACAUGCUUCACAUAAGCUCAAAUUGCCGUACAGCUGAGAAAAUGGCUCUGACUCUUCUGGACUACCUAUUUCAUCGAGAAAUUCAAGCUGUGUCAAAUCUAUCUGGGCAGAGCAAACAUGGGAAAAAGCAGCUAGACCCCCUCAUGAUCUAUGGGAUUCGAUGUCACUUAUUUUAUAAGUUUGGCAUCACAGAAUCAGAUUGGUAUCGAAUCAAACAAAGCAUUGACUCAAAAUGUCGUACUGCCUGGCGCCGGAAACAGAGAGGACAAAGUCUGGCAGUGAAAAGCUUCUCUAGGAGAACGCCAGAUUCUUCCUCAUUCUGCACCUCAGAUCUAUCAUCUUGUAAAAGAGUGGCACUGAUGUCAGGUCAAGACUCAACAACAAUCGACCUAACAAGAGAGGGCAUCCAGAGUAAUGUUUCAUCUCCAACAGAAGCCCAGCAGGCCCAGCAGACCUUACACUAUGCUCUAGCCAAUGCACAACACGUCCAAAUUCAUCGUAUUGGUGAAGAUGGUCAGGUUCAAAUGGGAAAUCUGCAGAUUCAUCAACUUCAUGUUGACCAGGAUUGUCAGGUUCUUCGUGGUACACAGUUGAUUGCUGUGGCCUCAGGUGAUCCAAAUGCUGCUGCAGUAGAAGAGACCCCUCUCCAAACGAAUGAUAUCCAAGUCCAGUAUGUGCAGUUAGCACCUGUAACUGACCAACACACUGCCACAGUUCAAAACCCUCAUCUCUUUACUCAGUUAUCUCCUCCUAAUCUUGAUGAUACAAGAAAACAGAAAAACAACAGCUGGUGCCAGAAGUGGGACUGGAGUUAGUUAAAAAGUUAUAGCAAGAAAGAGAAAGUGUACCAUUGUAGUUGAGCGUGGACGAAUCUGCUUCUACUGUAUAAGAGAUCUUUGAAUUUUAAGGAUUCUACAGUCAGGUCUGGUUCAUGAUUGCAGCACCAUCUUGAGUUUUUUAUGAAUCAAAUGUACUGUCAAAAGUACAGGAAAGAAUGAGAGCAGAUGCCAGCCACAGCAAUGCAGUCACUGAGCACAUAUAAGUGAGAGGAGGGAAUGAAAACAGAAGACAUAACAGAAGAAAGCACAAAUCAGUAAAAGCCUGGCAUGAAAUGUGGUCAUGGUAAACUGAUUUUUUAAAAUUAUUUUACAUUAAAAACAGACUGUUUAUAUUGCUUUAUCAGCUAUAAAACCCAGAAAUGUUAUUUUGUUCUGAAUAUGUUUUAUACAGAAUACAUUAGAAAACAUUAAAAAUACAUUCUUUAGAAUGUGUUAAGGAAAAGUAUGUCUUUUUCUAACUUAAUGAAACACUUGUUUUUAGAAGCAUCAUUCCU